AUGAACCAUGAGAUACGGGAUGUAGUUCGACAAUGCAGUGUUUGCAACGAACAUCAGGCACAGCAGGCGAAACAGCCACUACUUCCUCGGGAAGUUCCAGACCGACCUUGGAAGACACUUGGCACAGACCUCUUCACACUGAAUGGGAAAGAUUAUCUCAUUACAGUAGAUUACUACUCAGACUUUUGGGAAGUAGAUGAGCUCCAGUCGACCACAAGUGCAGAUGUGAUUACAUGCCUGAAAUCACAGUUCAGCAGACAUGGCAUUCCCAAGGAAGUCAUCAGUGACAAUGGUCCACAGUACUCCAGUGAUGAGUUCAAAUGCUUCAUGGAGGAGUGGGAGAUACAUCAUACCACAUCUUCGCCUCAUCACCCCCAAUCCAACGGGAAGGCAGAAUCUGCUGUAAAGAUUGCCAAGAACAUCAUGAAGAAGUGCGCAAAUUGA